AUGGCGGUUUCAUUCAUCGAUGAGCACGGGACGAGAGCUGUGGGAGAUGUAAUCAAAAGCUUAGGGGAAGAACAUAGUCCAGGAUGGGAAGAAGUUUCUAUGGAUAGCGAAGAGAAGUCAACAGAAACCCACUUAUAUAAUAUAUAUCCAGGGAUGCUUGAUCAUCUAGUUGCUGGUGGAUUG